AUGGCGUCAAAAUCGUCUGUAUCAUCAGGUUUACGUCAAGCAUUUGAUAAAUAUUCUAAAUUUGGCAAAACUCAUGCUCAAUUAGCAGAUCAUAAUGAACUUCGAAUAGGUUCAGCACAGAUACAAAAAAUGAUGAAAGAUUGCUCAUUGAUUAAUUCCAAAUAUACAUCUCAGUUAUUAGACAAUGAUAUUGCUCGUGUUCUUGGUAAAUUAACAACCGGUGCAGCAGAACCAGGUGCAGUUCAUUAUCCAAAAGGAACAAAAACAUUUGAUAUAAAAGGUUUUAAGUUGUUAAUUGACCGUAUUGCUGAAUCAAAAGGUGUUAGUCAUGAUGAAGUUUUAGGUAAAAUUAAUCAGAAUGAAGGUCCAAGCCUUACAAAUGUAACCGAAAUUGCUAAUAAGGAAAUAACAGAUCGAAUGACAGAUACGUCACAAUAUACAGGUUCACAUAAAGAACGUUUUGACGAAGAAGGACAUGGUAAAGGCAAGGAAGGUCGUACAGAUGAUGCUGAUACAACAGGUUAUGUUCAAGGUUUUAAAGGUGGCAAUUAA